AUGAACGGCCCCUCAGGGACCAUGUCGCCUGUCUCCGUGGAUGGGAGUGACUGGUCCGGGAUUAACCAAUACAACAAGACCGACCCGCCCUUUUCCCCGACUCACUCGACACGCAGCAACCUCGCGACUCCCCCAACAUCAGGUGUCCCCAGCGGGUCGUCCACUCUGGAGGGAAUCCCCAAUGGCGCCCCGGGUCCAGUGAGCGAUGCUGGCAACCCGUCUCCGCCGAGCUCAGUGGCUGCGCGAUCGAGCGAUGGAACCUUGCCCGACCGCGCCAAACGUCAGAAGCGACUGGAGGAGAUCUUGGGUCAGCACUACGUCGCGCUGCGCCGGUUUCUCCAGGGCCCGUACCGGGAGGAUCGUCUGAAUAGCAAGUCGAACAAGGCCCGGGACAAGCUCUUGCGACUCUCGCCCACUCAGUUCCACGAGCUGAGUACCGAUGUCUACGAUGAACUGCUCCGACGGCAGCAGGCGAUGCCAUCGCCCGCCCGACCCCCACGUCCCGAUGUUCCUCCAUUCCUCCCUCCGCGAAAAGAGUUCCACGAAAAGCGCAACCAGGCACGGAAGAAAUUGGCCUCGCUGCAACACCAACGGUUCCGGGAUCUUGCGACGGACGUGUACACCGAGUUGGAGCGCCGGUUCCCACAAUUCCCAGCCCGAGAUGCCAGUCGGGCUGUCAGUCCCGCCCCGAGCUUCCGCGGCCGCCCUCCUCCUACUCCCACCGGCUUCCCGCCCAAUGGGUUCCCGCCGCCAGGCCCAGGGGGCCGCAAUUCGCAGAAUCGGGGACCGCCGCGUUAUCCGCCAGGAGGAAUGCCGCCUGCCAGUCCUAUGCGUUACCCUCCGCGCCAGGGUUCCUUAGGCGGCCCCCCGCCGGGCAUGAACGGAGAUGGUCCGACGGCGAAGUCGUUCCAGAGCAAUACGAUCGUUCCUAAUAAAAGUACCAUGGUGGAGGAUGACGAUGACGCAGCGGGUACGGAGGAUGACUACGAUGCGCGCAGUGAUGCGUUCGCUUUGGAUGUGGUGCUUAACAGCAGGCGUGGGACGGGAACGACUCUAGGUGAUGGGGACCGGAAAAUGCUCGCAGAAACACAGUCGCAGGUCUCCUUCCUCCAGGAAAAGGUCACAAAGCUUGAGGAACUUCUCAAGCUGAGAGAUCAGGAAAUCUCACAUUACCAAGAAGAUGAGAGCAAAGUGGGCAUGCUCGAGGAGUUGGUCAAGUCGAAAGAUGCGGAGCUUUCGAAGUAUCAGGAAGAACAGGAUAAAUCGCAGAUCAGUCUCACGGAGCGUCAAGAGUGGGAGGAUGUGAAAACGGAGCUGGAGAGCAAGAUCACGCAGGCCGAAGACCUGAACAACUCCCUUCAGCAGGAACUCGAGAAAGUCCGGACUGAACAGCAGGCUAUGGAGAUGGAAUUACGCAGUCAGAUUGACCAGGUCUCGCGGCAGAGCACGGGUGAUGCUGAGCUGCAGGCCAAAUUCAGCAACCUUGAAAUCAAGCAUCAAAGCUUGCAGACGGAGCUGCUAGAACAACAAAAGGUGACCGAAGAGGUCCGGAGGGAGGCAGCAGGGUUCCUGGUCGAGAUGAGGGCUUUGUCAGAACAGAGCCAUACCAAAUGGGAGCAGGAAGAGCGGCUGACGACGGAGGUCCAUCGACUGGAAGAGGAGGUCAAGCAAUGGAAGGCACGGUACGCCAAAGCGAAGACUCAGCUCAGACAGCGCACCUCAUCCAUUGGCAUCUCGGACUUGCGACCAGAUGCCGCGAGCGUAGCCCAAGAGAACGAGUUCACUCACGAGACGGGCGUCAUUAUGGACGUGCAUGUGACCAAGUUUCAGAUCUCCAUCGACGAACUGCUGCGUAUUGCGCGGGAGGACAAUUGCCAGCUGGUCAUGCAACAGAUCAAAGCAGUCGUUGUUGCGGUCCGCCAUAUCUUGCAUGAUGUGGACUUGCGUAAAGAUAGCAACGAGGAGCUUUCAGCGCUGAGUACCAAGGCCACGCGCAAGGUAUCUGCUACAGCAAACAACAUGAUUACUGCGACCAAGAACUUUGCUAGCUCUGCGGGACUCUCUCCACUUUCUCUGCUGGAUGCUGCUGCUUCGCACCUGUCUUCUGCGGUCAUUGGGCUUAUCCGCAUUGUGAAGAUUCGCCCUACUCCAGCAGACGAGUUGAACGACGCGGGGGACGACGAAGCACAAGUCGCCCAGAUGAAGUCCCCUCACUACUUCAGUGUGGCGCCGAGCCAGGGCCGGCUCAGCCGCAACGACUCCAUUUACAGCGCCAUGAGUCCUCCUGCCGAGCACGAUCUCACCUCGCCUGGAAUGAAUGCGGGAAUGCACACGAUGUAUCCUGUCCAGUCCGCGGAUCACGAGCUUCAUGAACUCAAGUACUAUCUCGAGGACCAAACGGACGGACUUGUCCAGUCGAUCCAGGCUCUUGUUGCUAGCAUUCGUGCUGAACAAGCUCUCAACACUAUCAGCACCCAUAUUUCUGCCAUCUCCUCUGUUGUAUCGCAGGUCACGUCAUCCACGCAGCACUAUAUCAAUAGUCCUGAAGUGAAUCUCGCCGUGCGGGAACGUGCCAGCCCCAUCAUCGAAACCUUGCAACAUCACCGGGACCGGUUGACGAGAACCGCAGCUGAGGGUGAAGAGGUGUCUGAUCUCACCGAGCUGCGCGCAAUUACCAACAAGCUUCCGCCCAUCGCAUUCGAGAUUGCUCGGGAGACCAAAGAGCUUGUCCACCGGUUAGACCCUCAUGACCUGGAUGAGGAGGAAGACGACUUUCGGUAG